CCCAUGUCCAUCUCUCUGAAAGAUUUUCGUGGCUCUCCAGCUCUUAUUUUCUCUCUCUUUCGUAUACAGUUUUUCUCUCUCUCUACCCUCAAAACCCCACAAAAAACUUCAAGGUCUUGAGCAAUAAUCCACAUUUUCUUGUUUUUUACAUUUGAUGAUUCUUUAAUUAUUACUAGUACACAGCAGCUUGCCCAAUCCGGUUUCGUGUGCAUGCUCUAAAAGCAACAGCAACAGCAAUGAAAGGGCUCUACAAAGGAUUCAAAUACACAAUCUCUCAAUUCUUCGUUGUGAAGGAGCGUGAAUUAGAGAUUGGAUACCCAACUGAUGUUAAGCAUGUUGCACAUAUUGGCUGGGAUGGCUCAACUGGAACAGCACCAAGUUGGAUGAGUGAAUUCAAGACGGGGCCGGAUUUCGCAGCCACAUCGAUCGGGAACUCUGGCUCGGCACUCUCUCCAUGGUCCUCUCAAGAUUUUGGGGAGUCCAUGCGGCAACAAUCAGGGUCCGAGAUGUUUAGAGACAUGGCCUCCUCGGAAAAGAAGAAGGACAAACGGAAGAAGUCCAAGUCAACUUCCUCCCCAAACUCUAUUUCCGGUUCCUCCUCAAGGUCAGCAGCAAAGUCGAGCGCCAAAUUUGUCAGGGGACCAACAAAUAUCGAAGUUGCAUAAAAUCAUAGAUAGAGUGGCCAUGCUUAACUAUAUAGCCUUUUGAAAUUCCUUCGUUUGUACUUGGAAGAAAGUCCCCACGCAUAUGAAGAGACUUCACAAAGCGUAGAGGAAGCUGUAGGAAAAAACUCUCUUGUUUAGCCGGCUGAAUUGCAUAUAGUGAAGGGGCAGGAAUUGGUAGACGAACAAGGUAUGUAACGCGAAAAAAUACGAGAAACUUAUUUUGUUUCGGGUGAGGAGGGCAUUGUAAAGAGUAAGAUAGUUGAUGUUUUGUGGUGAUGCAGAUUGUGGGACUUGGAUGUAUAUUAGGUAACAAACCUGUGUCAUUAGUUAUCAAAGCCUUUUUAUUUAUCUGUA